AUGUGCCGUUUUCUCGGUUCCCAACAUCCACAGACGACGGCUUAUCACCCUUGCGCCAACGGCCUCGUAGAACGACUCCACCGCACUCUGAAGACUGCCCUGCGCGCACAUGACGACCCCAGCCACCGGGUGGAACGCCUACCCCUAAUUCUCCUUGGCGUCAGGGCUGCCGUCAAGACAGACGCGCCUGUCUCACCUGCUGAGCUUGUACAUGGCGCGCCGUUAAGACUACCAGGAGAAUUCUUUGACCAUGCAACUCUUGCCCAACCCUCUCCUGACCUUCUUGACUACGCCACCUGCCUGCAGUCGUACUGUGCUGACUUGCGACCACUGCCCACACGGUCCUCUUCGUCCCGUUCCGUCUUCAUUCAUCCGGCUCUUCAUUCCGCCACGCAUGUCUUUCUGCGGCACGACGCGGUUCGUAAACCGCUCCAACCCCCGUACGACGGCGCUUUUCCCGUCCACUCUCGUCAGGCGAAGACCAUCACCAUUAGGCUUCCUCAUCGGCUCGAAGUGGUCUCGGUGGACCGUGUGAAGCCUGCCUUUUUGCCUGCCGUCACUCCGGUGCCCGAACUUUCUCGCGCCUCGUCCCCCUGCCCGCAUGCACCGGUCCAUCCGCCACGUUCGGUGCAUUGGGCACCCGGCCCACCUUCUGUCCGUCUCAUUCCUCUCCGGCUUACGGUCCAGGGGGGGGGGGUACCUGUAGCUGACGACGAUGCUAGGCCACGCCCCUCGUGA